UACACUGAGCAGUGCAUGCACAUCUCAGCUUACAUCCUGGUACACUUCCCUUGUGUGCCUAGACCAGUGUUCCUCAACCUUUUGUUAGUCAAUGCACCCUAUAAAAUUAUGGACAGUCCCGAGGCACCCCAUUCUAAAAUGUGAAAAACUAUUCUAAUAGUUUUUAUACAACACAGCAACAUCCGGACAUGUAGGACUCCCAACAUUAGAGGUGAUUUAUUCUUCCAAAACAAAUACACUU